ACGUCAGGGUGACGGCGGCUGCUGACGUCACUGGCCUCCCAUGGAACUGAGGAAACCAUUGUCGGAAGCUGUGUUUGCUGCUGACAGGCGGGAUGCAGAAGCAGACAUGUUCGAUUCCCUAGAAGCACACUGCACCUGCAGCAGUGGAACACCUCCCCCCUGUGGUCUCCCCCGUCAAGUGCCGCAACAGACUCCGUUGAUAACACGAAGAGGAUCAGCAACAGCAACAACAACAAAGCUCUGCCCGUAAAAGCACCUUGCCUACUCCUGUUGGGGCUGUUGGAAGUGCCGCAAGUUCCAUGGUGGUCCUACUGCAGCCCACAGGGGGACAGAAAGUGGUCCUGUGUGGGCCGCUGGGCCGCCGCGCCUGGACUACGGGUAUCUUCGACUGUGGAGACAGUUGUACCGUCUGCUGUUGCGGCUUGCUGCUGCUGCCCUUCGUGCUGUCCCACCUCGCCACGCGCCUAGACGAGUGUCCCAUGAUGCCCUACUGCAUACCCUGCCCUUGCUGCUGCACCCUGUCGCUCAUCCUGCUCAGGACCAAGAUCCGCACUCUAGGAGCAAUCAAGGGAUCCAUCACCGGGGACUGUGUGGCUACCCAGUGCCUGCCCUGCUGCGCCGUCUGUCAGAUGUCUCGGGAGCUGGACGUCAUGGGGCUCUGAGAGGUCGGGUCAACGUCAGGUCAACGUCAGGUCAACGUCGGGUCAACGUCGUGUCACGCGCAGCUACCUUCCCCUCAUCGUCAAGACUGAAGCCUGUUACCGGUUAUGGAAAAGUUUUGCUAACCUGGACUUUUUUUCUGAGCAGAUGUAAAGCGUAUAUAAGCAUAUUCUAUGGAGUGGGAAAAGUAAAGACACACAAUGGCGUU